CACAAGUGGAGAAUCGUAUAACAAACUGUUAUCUCAGCAAGGUUCACAUCACCUUGGCUAUUGAAAUUUUAUAUAUUUGGCGUUCAUUUUAAGAAAGCAGUGAUCAUAUCUGUAGUAAAAUAGUAGAAAAAAGCGUGUGUUUAGUAAACAAGGAUGGGGAGCUAAAAGUUAAAGUCAAAUUUUCAUAUUCUAUGCUUCGAUGUCAUGCUAAAGCUUUUGAAAUCAAGGCUUCAGUUAAUAACCAGUAAUCAAGGUAAGUCAAUUAAUAAUAUAAUCAGCAGUCGAGGCAGGUGGACACCUUUCAUGUGCAAAUGAGCCUAUAAGCCAGAGUGCUUAACUGGUAAAAUGCACACUGUCGAGUUUCACCACAGAUUAGGAACACAAAAUUUGCUACGAUUAAAAUGAAGAAGCGAACGCAACUGAUUGUGACUCUAGCGUGUUUAAUACCAGCAGUCUUUGAAAACUCCAUAAAUUUAGACUGUAAAAUAUACGCCGAUUUUAAUGUGGUAUUGGAAAACUUUAGUGACACAUCAGCAAUUAUUAAAAGUGUUGCGUCAAAGAGGAGAAGAGAAUGCGUUCUGGAGUGUUUGUCUGCAAGUUGCCGAGCAGUGAACUUCAACAAAGCGACUGGAACAUGUGAACUUGUUGGAAAGAGCUUGACAUCAAAUGUGCUGCAGAGAGCCGGAUGGACGUAUUUAACAACAAAUAACCAUUCAAGAAACCAUGGACCAAAUUGCGUCAUCUUAUCACCAUGUAUGAACAACGGCGAGUGCUUUGACACAUGCACUGAUCUUGGUUUCAAAUGCAUCUGUGACAAUAUGCACAUGGGAAAACAAUGCGAGCAAGUUAGAGAGUUCGCAAGUUGUAAAGCAGCUUACGAGAAUGGAUUUACGACAAGCGGUGUAUACAAACUGACAGGAAUGGGCUACCAUUAUUGUGUCAUGACGUCACUCGAUGAAUGCUCUGGUGCAGGCUGGACACUUAUCAUGAAAACAAAGGGUGGCUUGGCCACUUUUGCUUAUGCUGCAAAUUACUGGACAACUGCCAACACAUACAACCAUGUUUAUGCUCUGAACGAGGGAAUAAAUAUUGGCGAAGAAGCAAAAUUUGAAGCUUACAACAAACUGGCAUUCACUAAAGUUUGUCUUGGCUUGAUGUCAGGAACAAGAAAAUAUUUGCAAAUUGAAAAGACGGCUAGCUCAAUGUUAACAGUAAUGAAUUCUGGGCAUCAAGCGACAUCUUUUGGGCGUGCUAAAUGGCUUGGUAUGGUCCAAGGCAGUGUUCUGUUGGCAAAUUGCAACAGUGAAGGUUUCAAUGUCGUGACGAAUGUCCGAAUUGGUAUCGCAACAAACAACGAGAAUGAUUGUUCUAGUCCAGAUUCAUUUAUUGGCAUUGGUUUAGGUACGAAUGCCGGCUGGUGCGGUCUGCACAUAACUGGAACAGGCAACCAAGAAUGCUAUUCCCGAACUGAAAUAAAGGCCAGUGGAUUUAUACUUGUUCAAUAGAAAAAAAGUGUGUUACCUCCCUACCUGUUAGGGAAGGUAAACAAUGUUAUGGAGUACAUGAUCUUCAGAAUUUGCACAAUGUUUUGUAUUUCUGACAUGCAAACUUUCCCCCAAAAAGUUUAUUCUCAGAGAAAACCAAUAAAAGUUAUUUAAUAAAAGUGAACCUUUACAGCAAAUAGACGUUAAAAAUGCAUUUGCUCGAAUUGGCUAUUAGAUCAACAAGCAAAAUUGUUUCGUUCAAUAUCAGAAAUAUUAUCAUUAAAUGAAAAGCAAAAUUGAAAGUAAUACAUGAUAUACUUACUCAGUUGCUAUAAAACUAUAUUUCUCUAAUAAAAAGCCAGUGGCUGAAACUCUGAUUUUCAUUAAGCGAGAAGGGCUCAUGACUACCACCUUCCGACAAGAGAAACCAGAUACCAUAUCUCAAAAGCCUCAGAUUUUUCUACAAAAAUGAGAACCUGUGCUGGGCUCGAGCUCCCAUAGUCCAUCCCCGCCCCCCUAAACUCUUCAUGAUUUCCCUAAAAAUGGAGUUUUUGUUAAAUUGGAGGGCAUUGUUUUAAUGAGGAACAUUCUCGAUAGGUAAAAUAUUCAAGAAGAAAACAACCUAGCUUUUAAUUUACAGCACACUAGUUUAGUAAAAGAAUAGGCCACAACGUUUCUGUUGGAAGCCUCUCUUAUCAUCACGUGUCAUUAUUGUUUAGAAUAAUCACAAUGAUACAGAUAUAAAGUUGUAACAUUAUUCUCUAUAGAGACUGUAUAGCUGUGCAGCAUUAUGAUAAUUAUCUCUAUAAAAAAAUGUAUUUUUGACGAAGUACUGAAAUAAAAGUGUGGAAAUGCUUGAUAAUCUUAAGAAUAUUGACAACUUUUAUUUACCUGUGUUUAUAUGUAGACGAGUUUUUCAAUUUAUCAUUAUGUAGACGAGUGUUUUUAGAAGUUAAAUUGAUUGCUAAUAUCUAGUUAUUAUUUGAUUAACUGACACUGUCGACUAUAAAUGUGUUUUAAAAGAACGUAAAAAUCGUCAAGUGAAUUUGAGUUUAGGGAGACUUCGAAUUCUUUUUUGCAAUGCUUUUCAAUAUUUGCCCGAUACAGCUUGUUAAAGGUUGUGCCUUUUUAGUUACAAGAUGACUACAGAGAAACAGGGUCUUUAUAAGCUUUAAUCGUUGAAAGAUCAUUUUGAUCAAGAGAUGUGGAACAAUAUGGACUUUUUGUUUAGUAAGAUUUCUUUUUGGGGUGUAGUUUUGUCGCAUCUCGUAUCACCGACAGACAGCUAUUUUCGCUCGUUAUAAAUUAAUGACGACAUGAUGACAAUGACGACAAUGACGACAACAGUUUAAUGUAGAGAUUUAGUCAUUUAGUCACAUUAAUCGAACUGAAGCGAAGAACUGCUCUUACAACAAAUUUUAUCUAACAGCAAGUCUAGAUGUAUAUUACAUUGACAAGAAUUUGUUUUAUCGUGCAGGGAUUGAAUGAUUACUGUAAACAUUGCGUUGAUAGUGCAUUUCUUUCAAAUUUUGUGGACUCUGUUUGUAGUUUGCUUGUUAUUAAAGUUACAUUAAGCAA